AUGACAAGUGCCGCUACUAUACCAUCACUUGCAGACACUACUGCUCAGGCGGGAACGACCAGCGUGGCUACCACGGCAGCGCCUGACGAGGCCACCACUCCCGCGGUGGAGACGACAGGUGCGGUUGCUACGACACCAUUUGUAGACACUACUGCUCAGGCUGGGACGACUGGCGCGGCUACUACGGCGGCGCCCGAGGAGGCCACCACUCCCGCGGUGGAGACAACAGGUGCCACUACUACUUUUUUGUCUGCAGACAGUACGUCUCAGGCGGGGACGACUGGCGCGGCUACUACCGUGGCGCCCGAGGAGGCCACCACUCCCGCGGUGGAGACAACAGGUGCCGCUACUACAUUUCUGCCUGCAGACAGUACGUCUCAGGCUGGGACGACUGGCGCGGCUACUACGGCGGCGCCCGAGGAGGCCACUCCCGCAGUGGAGACAACAGGUGCCGCUACUACACUUCUGAGGCCACUCCCGCAGUGGAGACAACAGGUGCCGCUACUACACUUCUGCCUGCAGACAGUACGUCUCAGGCGGGGACGACUGGCGCGGCUACUACCGUGGCGCCCGAGGAGGCCACCACUCCCGCGGUGGAGACAACAGGUGCCGCUACUACACUUCUGCCUGCAGACAGUACGUCUCAGGCUGGGGCGACUGGCGCGGCUACUACGGCGGAUCCCGAGGAGGCCACCACUCCCGCGGUGGAGACAACAGGUGCCGUUGCUACACUUUUGCCUGCAGACAGUACGUCUCAGGCGGGGACGACUGGCGCGGCUACUACGGCGGAUCCCGGGGAGGCCACCACUCCCGCGGUGGAGACGACUGUUGCCGUUGCUACGACACCACCUGGAGACAGCACUGCUCCGGUGGGGACGACAGGCUCGGCUACUACAGCAGCGCCCGAGGAGGCUACCACUCCCGCGGAGGAAACGACAGAAGCCGUUUCCACAACCAUCUUUGGAGACGGAACAGCCCAAGCGGGGACUACAGGCGUCGCCAUUACGACACCGACGGUAG